CGCCGCUACGCCCUCGGCCAGACCGUCCACGCCCAUGUCCCCCGCCUCGGCUUCGCACGCCACGCCUCCGUCCGCGUCGCCGCCGUCGGGCUCUACGCGAGUUGCGGGAGAAUGAACGACGCCGCCAAGGUGUUCGACGAAAUCCGUCACAGGGACGUCGUCGUUUGGAACUUGAUGAUUCAAGGGUUCUGCAAGACGGGUGAGUUGGAAACGGGUUUUAAGCUUUUCCGGGAAAUGAAGGAACGGAGCGUGGUCUCGUGGAACCUCAUGAUGUCUUGUUUAGCGCGGGGUGAGAAAGAGGAGAAGGUUCUUGAGCUUUUUCGAGAAAUGUUGGAGGAGGGUUUUGAGCCUGAUGAGGCUUCCUUGGUUACUGUGUUACCUUGUUGUGCUCGCUUGGGAGCUGUGGAUGUUGGUGAGUGGAUCCAUUCCUAUGCAAACAAACAGGGGUUUCUACGAGACGCUGUUAACGUGGGGAACUCGCUCGUGGAUUUUUAUUGUAAAGGUGGUAACUUGCAAGCUGCAUGGGGCAUUUUCAAUAACAUGGCUAGUAAAAAUGUUGUUUCUUGGAACGCUAUGGUAUCGGGUUUGGCUUAUAACGGGGAAGGGGAAGUUGGGGUUGAGUUGUUUGAGGAGAUGGUGCGAGGAGGAGUUGCUCCUAAUGAUUCCACUUUUGUGGGGGUUUUGGCGUGUUGUGCUCAUGCUGGUUUGGUUGAUAGAGGGCGUGAGAUUUUUGCUGCUAUGAGUGUCAAGUUUGGGGUUUUGCCUAAACUGGAGCAUUAUGGAUGUGUUGUUGACUUGCUUGGGGGGUGGGGGCACGUGAGGGAGGCACGUGACUUGAUCGGAAGCAUGCCCGUGGGGCCACAUGCUGCCUUGUGGGAUGAUCAAUUAGCCCCUGGUGAAGAAUCAAAUACACUCCAAAGGCAUUAUUAUCGUUGUUGGUCUCUGGGAAAUCUUGAUGGCCAGGAACAACAUGGUGAUGAAAGGAAAGAGCAUAACAGCUAG